AUGGAUGAUGAUGAACACGUUUCCUCCUCCUUGAAGCCAUCUGGAUCGCUGCAAACAGGGAAGGAUGAUGCAAGGGCGGUUCCGGAUUUUGAGGGGCAGUUACAACUCUUAGAUAGUGCGAUUAACUCCUCUCCAAACCUUUCAAAAUUGAAAACUGAUAAUCCUGAUGCUGUUUCAGUCGCUGUCCCUAUAUUUUCUCAUGCCAAGUCAUGCAUUAAUGUGUCAACAGAAAAUCAAGAAUUAAAUAAGGUAUAUUCGGGAAACUCUUCACAGAUAGCCCAUACUCCAAAAAAAACAUGGAAACGUAUUGCUGUUAAGAAAGAAACUUCUGCAGAGAAGGCAGUAGCAGGUCUUGACAUUGGUGAGAAGAGAAAAAGUGCUGAUUUAGAUAGAAAGGAAGAUCAUUCUGUUGAAGGGGAAAAAAGGAAAAAGCUUCAGGUGAAUGGUGGGGAAGUUGGUUGGUGGCAUUUUACGGGUUUCUAUGGUCAUCCGGAUACGGCUAAAAGGCAUGAAUCUUGGGCAAAAUUGAAGCAUUUAAAACAAAAGUCUUCUUUACCAUGGCUGGUCAUUGGUGAUUUUAAUGAGAUUAUGGGUCUCUUGGAGAAGGAAGGUUUCAUUGGAUCUAAAUUCAGUUGGCUAUAUCAAACAACUAGUGGGGUUCAAAUCCGAGAAAGAUUGGAUAGGGCUUUGGCUACAUUGGAGUGGAGAGAGGAUGACAUGUGGAGACAGCGAUCAAGGAUUGAUUGGUUCCAAAAUGGUGAUAGGAAUACAGCUUUCUUUCAUGCCAAGGCUUCGGCUAGACAUAGAAAGAAUUUAAUGGAGGGUUUGCUAGAUAAUGAUGGGGUAUGGCAGAUUGAAGAAGAUAAAAUGGAGGAGAUAGCAAUUGGGUACUUCGGGGAUCUUUUCUCUACUAGUAAUUUGGUGGAUUUUUCUGAUUUGCUCUUGGUUGUGCAACCUAAGGUGACUCAUGCAAUGAAUGAAUGGCUGGUUCGGCCUUUUGUGGAGUGUGAAGUGAAUGUAGCUUUGAAGCAAAUGUAUCCACUUAAGGCAUUGGGUCCUGAUGGGAUGCCUCCUCUGUUUUUUCAACACUUUUGGAGCACUUGUGGCGCGGUCGUCACCAAAAUGGUACUUGAUUUUCUGAACUUUGAGGAAGGGAAAAUGAAUUCCUUCGUCCCAGAUGCAGUUGAUCACAAGGGUAAUCAUGCUGAUAGGAACAAAACAGGUGGUUGGUUGUCUGCUAUUCAAAUCCUCGGAAUUGAAAUAUGCGAGAGAUUUGCCACAAUGGCAAUAAUUGUGAACCUCGUGACAUAUUUAGUUGGCACAAUGCAUCUUCCUAGCGCAAGUGCUUCCAAUUUUGCAUCAACAUCAGGGGGCACAGCAUAUCUUCUAAGCUUGUUUGGAGGCAUUGUUGCAGAUUCUUUCUUAGGCCGAUAUUGGAUGAUAGCCAUUGCUGCUGCGAUUCAUGCAGGGGGAACGUGUUUGUUAGCCAUAUCCACUUCUUUUCCAAAUUUACGCCCGCCUCCUUGCAAUCCUACUUUAUCCAACAAAUGCGUAGAGGCCAAUAGUCUUCAAAUGGGCAUUUUCACCAUGGCUCUGUAUUUAACUAAUAUAGGAGUUGGUGGAAUAAAGUCAAGUGUUGCAGGGCUUGGAACAGACCAAUUUGAUCAAAAUGAUGAUAAUGAAAAGGCUCAAAUGGCACAUUUCUUCAACAGGUUCUACUUUGUUAUCAGCUCGGGUACCUUAUUGGCAGUUACAGUACUUGUGUACUUACAAGAUCAAGUUGGAAGAAGCUGGGCAUAUGGGAUUUGCUCGGCCUCAAUGACACUUGCUUUCUUGGUCUUUCUACUGGGUACUAAAAGAUAUAGGUACAAGCAACGUUUAGGAACCCCUAUAGUUCAAAUUCUUCAAGUUAUAGUGGCUGCUGUAAAGAAAAGGAAGGUAGCGUAUCCAUCUAAUGAUAGUGCCUUAUAUGAAGACCUUUCUCAAGAAUCAAGAAUAUAUCAUACAGAUAAGUUUCGUUGCUUGGACAAGGCGGCAAUCAUAACCAGCAAAGACUCUGGAAUUCCAAACCCAUGGAAACUUUGCACAGUUACAAAGGUGGAAAAAGUUAAAAUGUUAGUCAAAUUAUUGCCAAUUUGGGCGACAACAAUUAUCUUCUGGACGAUACAUACACAAUUAGCUGGCUUCUCAGUGCAGCAAGCUGCUACCAUGGAUAGAUCAAUUGGAAAAUUCCAAAUUCCUCCGGCAUCACUCUACGCCUUCUUUGUUGUGUCCAUAAUGACCACUCUUGCUAUUUAUGACCGCCUGAUUAUGCCUCUCAUGAAAAAAUAUAAAAGAAGUCAAGGUUUAACAAAUUUGCAAAAAGUAGGGCUAGGCCUAUUGUUCUCCAUAUUAGGAAUGACAGCGGCGGCACUUGUAGAAAAGAGAAGAUUGUCAGUUGUUAGAGCCAAUAGAGGCACCAUGACAAGGUCAACAACCCUACCAAUAAGUGCUUUCUUUUUGCUUCCACAGUUCAUCUUGGUUGGUAUUGGAGAGGCCUUUAUAUUGUCUGGAGAAAUGGCUUUCUUCACAAACAAUGCACCCAAAGGAAUGAAAGCAAUUGCCACUGGUCUCUACCUCACAACCACCUCGUUUGGUAUGUAUCUGAGUACAAUUUUGGUCACCAUAAUAAGGAAUGUUACUGGACGCAAUGGUGGGCACGAUUGGCUUUCUCCUAGGAUUAAUGAUGGCAGAUUGGAUUAUUUUUAUUGGUUUCUAGCACUAUUGAGUUUGAUCAACUUGGGAUUUUAUAUUGUGUGCGCCAUAAGGUUUAGACCAAAUUCUACUGAAAAUUCUCCAAAGAUGAACGGUGCUGUUGUUGAUACUCCUCCUAAAGAAGAAACUGUGUAA